AGCUUUAGCAACUGGAAAAGUCGGGCAGACUCCGAGUAGCGUCCUGUAACUGAAUCUCUGUUAACUUUCUGCGCUUCAAAGUUACGAUAUUUCGUGAUGGAGUUGCAUCAAAUAUCGGGUUCCAUCGCCUUCAAAUUCGGUCAUUCCCCGAGACAUGCCGUCAUUCGAAUGACCGGUACACCGGAGUUCAAUUCUCGGAACCGGAUGUUUAUUGCGGGGAUGGGUUUCGUCGGCCAGGUGUUGGCGCAAGACCUCAAGAACCAAGGAUGGACUGUCUCUGGGACUUGUACGAGCAGUAUCAAGAAGAAGAAGCUUGAGGAAGAAAGGGGCUUUGAUAUCCACCUUUUUGAUGCAAACCAGCCAGAUGUGACCAGCACCCUAGAAAUUAUCAAGGACCAUACCCACCUGCUUGUCUCCAUCCCUCCAGUUCCUGGUAUCGGUGGCCCGAUACUGCAGAAUGAACUUCGUCUGAGGAGAGCACUUAUGGGUGGAAAUCUUCAAUGGAUUUGUUAUUUGUCAUCAACUAGUGUAUAUGGAGACUCAGGCGGUGCAUGGGUGGAUGAGGAUUAUCUCCCUAACCCCACAAGUGAUGUGGGUAGAUUAAGGUUAGCUGCUGAGGAGGGAUGGUUAAAUUUGGGCCAGAGUCUGGGCAUCUCAACAAAAGUUUUUCGGCUUGGAGGCAUCUAUGGUCCUGGUAGAAGUGCUGUUGAUACAAUAAUCAAGCGGGGAGCUUUAUCGGAAAGUCAGAGAAUGAGAGGAUAUAGGCGGUUCACAUCAAGAGUUAAUGUUCAGGACAUUUGCCAAGCUCUGAAGGCCAGUAUAUGCACAUCUUCCUCCAGGUAGUUUAUAAUAUUGUUGAUGAUGAGCCAGCCCCAAGGGAAGAAGUAUUUGAGUAUGCAAGGGACUUGGUUGAGAAAAAGUGGCCUGGCUGGAUCAAACAUUCUUCUGAGGAAAAAGAGUCUUCAGUUAUUGUUAAGAAGGAGGGUUUAUCAGGUGAGAAGAGAGUCUCCAAUGCUCGUAUGAAGAAAGAGCUAGGUGUGAGGCUUCUUCAUCCAAGUUAUAGGUCAGGAUUGCAAAGCAUUAUUGACCAAAUGGAUAAACCCAUUUUAGCAGAGUAAUAAUGGAAACAUCUAGCUUGGGUUCCCACAAGUCAAGUCAAGUAAUGUGAGAUUAAUUAUGAAGGCCUGUUGUGC